AAAGCAACAAUGCUUUCUGGUGGAUUUAAAGUUUGAAGUAUGCUGGGUAAACCCAGCCUAAGACCAUGGGGGAGGAGGAAAGGAAAACGGGAUAAGGAGGAGGAAAGAAGGGAUGUAUGGAUAGUAGGAUUGUUUUCUUGCCCUGGAUUUAGCCUCUUCUCUUCUCCCCAGACGCAUUGUGCUGACAACCUGCUCAAGGCUGACACCUACCGCAAGUGGAAGGCUGCCCAGGCUGGGGAAAAGCAAGUUUCAGUCAUAUUACAAUUUGAAAAAGAGGAGCAGAUUCACAGCAUUGAUAUUGGCAAUGAAGGCUCCGCCUUUGUGGAAGUGCUGGCUGGUAGCUCUGCCUCCUCCAGUGAGCAGAAUUAUGAGGUGCUGUUGGUCACAUCCUCCUUCAUGUCUCCCUCAGAGAGCAAGACUAGCACCAACCUGAACAGAGUCCGAAUGUUUGGGCCAGAUAAACUGGUGAAGGCUACAGCUGAGAAGAAGUGGGACCGAGUUAAGAUUGUUUGCACCCAGCCAUAUACCAAGUCUCUGGCUUAUGGCCUUUCCUUCGUGAAGUUCCAUUCUCCUCCGGACAGCAGCGAAACACAUUCCAAAGCGGCUUCACCGAAGGUCACCAAAUUGGGCCAGUUUAAAGUGAAGGAGGACGACAGCAAUUCCAUCUCUCUGAAACCUGGUGCUCUCUUUUUCAGCCGUGCCAGUAAACCCCUGGUCUCCCCUCCUAAAGCAUCUCAGAAUGACCAGCCUUCCCCCAGUUAUGCUGCUGCCUCCCUACAGACCAACAGAUCUCUUUCUCCUGACCCUUCACCAUCAGCGGUGGAAAAGCCCACCACCAAAACCUCACCCAAGGUAAUGAAGAGGAAACAGAAGCCAUGUGGGUGGGCAAAAGUGGUCACACUCCAACCUUCUUCCUCUCUCUUUUCUCCCUCCCCGUCUCCUCCCCAGAAGACGCUGCCUUUGAAAAAAACUCUUCCCACCCAGCCUUCAGAGGAGGCAGCAGCCAACGGGUCCUUCCAGCAACUCCUACAGGGUACCGUCUUCGUGCUGAGCGGCUUCCAGAACCCCUUCCGCUCUGAAUUGAGGGACAAGGCCUUGGAGAUGGGGGCCAAGUACCGUCCAGACUGGACCCCUGACAGCACUCACCUCAUCUGUGCCUUUGCCAACACCCCCAAAUACAGCCAGGUGAAAGGGCUCGGGGGCACCAUUGUACGGAAAGAAUGGAUCCUGGACUGUCACCGGACACGUCGGCGCUUGCCCUGCAAAAGGUACCUGAUGGGUGGCCCCGACUCGUCCAGCAGCGAACAGGAAGAGGAGAGUGAGGAGGAGGCCCCAGCUCCGCCUCGCAGACCUUUGACUCCUCAACAGAGAGCCAGUGUGCCCAGCCCCAACCACAAAGUUAAGCCUGCCACCAGCCCCAAAGUAACGCAGGCGGUGCCACCAAGAGUGUCUUCCGGGGAGGAAGAGGAGGAGCCCACCACCUCUCAGAACAGCAUCAUCCACAACAAUUCCAGGGCAUCCAGCGGGGACGAGAAAUUUACAG